AUGAAUGUAAACAAGCCACGUGCUUUAUGUUAAAAUGACGUUUUCGUUUAAUUAAACAUAUUUUACCCUGAUUAUAUUUUUAAAUAAUUGUAAAAGUUUAGCAAAGCAAUUUGUUGUUUAUAAAUGCUCAUUUAUAUAUAAAAUAUCAGAGAAUGGAAAAGAUAAUACAUUCGACAUAUAAAGAUUCUGGAGAACAUCUAAAAUAAAAGAAAUUGUUAAAAAUUUUUAAAGAAGUUUAAGAUAGUACAGAUAACUUCAAACAUAUUUUGUAGACUUAUUUAACAGGUAGAUAUUAUUGAAGAAAUAUGGAGUCAUGGGAAGAAUUUGAAGCAAAAUAUGCAGAUGAUAUGGAUGUUCUGCAUGAACUUGAAAGUUCUGAAAACUCAAAUUUUCAUACUAAGAUAACUAUGAACAAUGAUAAUAUUGAACCUCAAAAUAGCAAGAAAGAUUUGGAGUCAUGGGAAACAUUUGAAGCAAAAUACUCAGAUGACAUGGAAGUUCUGAAUGAGUUUGAAAAUACUGAAGUUUCAAAUGUUUAUUCUAAGCUGAAAUUCAAACAAGAGCAAUUUAAUGCAAAUAACAUAGAAGCGUGCGAAGAUUUUGAUGCAAAGUACGCCGAUGACAUGGAAGUCUUAAAUGAAUUUGAAAACUCUGAAAAUGUAAUCAAUAAAAUUCAUCAAAAAUAUCAUGAAGUUAACAGAAAUAGUAAAGUAAAACGUUCUUUGAAGAGAGAAUUUGCUUGUGUAGAAACUUCUCUGGAAGGAAUCGAUAAGUCGACAGAUUUUAAAAAGUCACGAAUAGAAGAUGACAUUCUUUCCGAAGAUUCAUCAUAUUUUUCCGUUGCCAACAGGUCUGAGGAUUUAUUGUCAACUGCAGAAUACAAACCGAUUCGUAGAAGGAAAAUUAUAGAAUUCCUUUCGGUUAGUAACUCCGAGGGUUUAAGAACACGUUUACCAUUACUGGAAGAAUUUGAUUCUGAGCCAGAAGAUUUGGAUGUGAAAAAGAAUAAUUUACUUUCUGUUCCUAUAAGUGUCUUGAAAUAUAAGAUAUUGCAAGAGAAUUCUCUCAAUUAUCGGAAAAAUUUAGAAUUGGAAAAUGAAGAAAAGGAUAACAGAGGAAACCAUCAGAUUCCGAAAUCUCACGAGUCGGAAGACAAUAGUAUGUUAUGGGUAGAAAAAUAUCGUCCUUUUCAUUACAUGGAACUGAUGAGUGAUGAUGGAGUCAACAGAACUCUUCUUCAUUGGUUAAAGUUAUGGGACAAAGUAGUUUUUAAUCGAGAAUUCAAAAAGAAGAAAGUAAAACUUGAAAAUGUUAAACAAAAUGCUACACAAAAUUCAAAAUUUCAUAUGCCUACUUUUGGAAUUAACGAGGAAUUAGAUGAGCAAAAUCGUCCACAGUAUAAGGUAGCUCUUCUAACUGGUUAUCCAGGAUUGGGUAAAACUACCUUAGCUCACGUAAUUGCAUAUCAUGCAGGUUAUAAAGUUGUGGAGAUGAAUGCCAGUGACGAUAGGAAUCCGGAACACUUUAGAAACUUAUUGGAAGCAUCGACCCAGAUGAAAGCAAUGAUUGGUGAAGAUCCCAAACCAAAUUGUGUCAUAAUUGACGAAAUAGAUGGAGCACCUCUUCCAUCUAUAAAUCUCCUCGUGUCAUUUAUAAAGUCUACCGGACCGACAAAAGGACGUAAAAAGAAAGAUGAUUUUCCAAUCCUUAAAAGACCUAUCAUAUGUAUAUGUAAUGAUCAAUAUGCUCCGUCUUUGAAACCAUUAAGACAGAUAGCUCUAAUUUUGAACUUUCCACCUAUUUCUACUUCGCGACUUGUUUCCAGAUUACAAGAGAUUUCCAGGAAACAGCAUCUAAAAACUGAUAUGCCGGCACUCCUAGCGCUGUGCGAGAAGGCGGAAAAUGACAUUCGUUCUUGUCUGUCGACGUUACAGUUUAUUAACAAACAAAAAAAAGUGUUGAAUGUCUCUGAUGUACGGAAUCUAACGGUCGGACAAAAAGACGUUCAGAAGAGUCUCUUUUCUGUGUGGCAGGCUAUUUUCCAGAUUCCACAACUUAAAAGGAAACAGAUUGUGCAGAAUGUUCGUCACAUACCUACUGAGUCAUCCAAUAAAGUGAAUGAAGAUAACACAAGCUUAACUUCAAGAUUUUAUAAUAUAUUGUGGAUGGCCCAAAGAUGUGAUUAUGAAAUUCUUAUUCAAGGACUAUUUGAAAAUUAUCUCUCUGUUAACUUUCGAGAUCCUCAUUUGUAUGCGAUUGAGAAUGGAACUUCUUGGUUGUGUUUUGCAGAUACAGUGAAUCAGUAUAUUGCCACCACUCAGCUGUAUUCUCUAUUACCUUACAUUUCAUACCUACCUGUAAUAUUUCACUUUUUAUUUGCAUCUACGUCAUAUCCACAAAUCAAAUUUCCAAACUCGUAUUUUGAGUUCAAAUCAAGAGAGAAGAAAUCAACCAAUAUUCUGACAACGUUCCAUAACGAUCUUUCUGUUCGUGCAAAAUGUUUUUUAAGCAAAGAAACUGCCAUUUUGGAUCUUCUUGCACCAUUAACUUACAUAACGCAGCCGACACUUAGACCGGUGAACACUCAACUGUACACGGAAGCAGAGCGGAAAGAGUUACGUCGAGUAAUCGACACUCUGAUCGAUUACAAUUUGAAUUAUUCCCAGCAGAGGACGAUCGACGGAACCUACGAAUAUGUGUUAGAACCAAAUAUUGAAGAAAUUGUAAAAUUUCCCGGAAUAAAAAGUGCGCCAUCAAUCACUUAUGCCGCUAAACAGUUGAUUGCAAAAGAGGUAGAGUUAGAGAAAAUGAGAAGUAACGAUACGACAAAAGUCAAAACAAGCGUUGUUCCGAAAAAUAUUUCAGAUAAUUCCGAGCUAAAACCGAAAGUCACAAAAAUUCGACCAAAUCUCGAUUUCUUUGGUCGGAAAGUGGAUAUUUCCGAGAAGAAAAAACUGUCUGGAAGUCAACAACUUGAACCUGACGUGUUUAUUUUUAGCCGUACAUGGUUCCCAUGCUUUAUAGUUUAGGAUUAAAAUAAUUUUCUAUUUAAAUUAAAAUUCAGGAGAGUUUAUGAAAAUACUGUAUCAAAAUCCCAUUUGAGUUAACCAAUUCAAUUUAACAUGUAAAUCUCUAGGCUGUAAUUGGAGAAAGAAAAUGACUAAUAUUCAAAUUGAGGUACACUCACUCAGCAGUAUGUAAAUCAAAAAAACACAACACAUUAAUUUGCCG